AACGCAAUGACGUUGGUCUGGGCAUUCAGGCAUGAAACGCAUACUGAGCUUCUGCACGUCAAGGAAUAUCGGCAAUAUUGUGAAAGCUUUAAAGCCCCGUAUUUCCUUUGCGAGCUAUAAUCAAUCCUUUUACACCUCGUUUGUCUGCAGUAAAUCUACGGACAGCGGCACCAGCAUGGAUCUGAGUAACAUGAGAAAAACCUAUAAAUGCGACCAAGAGUGUUUUGAGGAAGACCAGCUUGCUUCCCUAGAUCCAAUUAAGCAGUUCGGCAACUGGUUUGAACAGGCAACAAAAUGUCCUGAGGUUGGAGAAGCCAAUGCAAUGUGUCUUGCAACAGCCACCAAAGAUGGCCGUCCUUCUGCCCGCGUGGUCCUUCUUAAAGGUUACAGCGAGGAAGGAUUUUGCUUCUUUACCAAUUACGAGAGUCGGAAAGGUUUGGAACUGGAAAGUAAUCCCUAUGCCUCUCUUGUCUUUUACUGGGAACCAUUAAAUAGGCAGGUUCGCAUUGAAGGCACUGUAAACCGGAUCCCGUAUGAUCGUUCGUGUGAAUACUUCCAUUCAAGGCCCAAGAGCAGUCAGAUCGGUGCUGUUGUCAGCAGGCAGAGCACAGUAAUACCGAGCAGACAGUACCUAAGAGACAAAAAUGCAGAACUUGAAGAAAAGUAUAAGGACACAGAUGUGCCGAUGCCAAGUUACUGGGGUGGAUACAUCGUCAAACCUUUCCUGAUUGAGUUCUGGCAGGGUCAGACUAAUAGAUUACAUGACCGAAUAGUCUUCAUGCGACCAAAAGAGGGAGAAACUAAGCUGGGAGAUAUGCAGCAUCCAGCAGAGGGAGGUUGGAAAUACCAACGGUUGUCCCCUUGACAGAGUACAUAGUAUGUGAUCAACAUCAUCAUCUGUGACAUCAAUGCCAUCAUAAAUAAAAAAUGAAUGUUACAUGUUCAUUUUAAAUGUGUAGUCUUACCGAAAGGGAAAUUUGAUCAUUGUGGAGAUGAAUUAUGAAUAUAUAAAAGUGUUUGUCAUUAGGAUCUCACUUGAAAGUGCAAAGUCGUCUGCCUAAUGUUGCCUAAUGUUGUUUAAUAAUUAAAAAGCACAGCUGUACGUGCAAUAUUAACUGUAGUUUUACCGAACUUAGCCUUUGGACCUUUGUGAAACCUAUGAAAACUGUCACUUGUCUUGUGACUGAAACUGGGUUUCCGUGUUGCCAUGAUAUUUUGCACAUCUUUAGAUAAUGAUACACAUUGUGUGAUUUAAAAUGUGUUAGUGGAUUUUUCCGCAAGACUAAAAAAAAUCAUAGUUAAAAGUGCCAAGUUGAACUGAAUUAAUUUGAUUGAUGACUGGGAUGACUGGUUAUCUGUUCUGCAACAGUUAAAACCACUAAUAACCUGUUAAAUUAAUAAACCUCUUUAAUUUGUC